GCAACGAGAAGAGAAUACAUCCAACCUCAGACAUAUCUACCUUAUACUGCACCCAUCAUGGCGACUCCUGCUCAACUGGCCGAAAAGGUCAGACAGGAUCGCGCGGGUCUUGAACGAAGCAUCCCUCGUCCGACCCCUCCCCCGCUCCCGCCGCGUGCCAAGUCCGCCCCCGCUCCGCCUCCCCCUGCCUCUCCUCCUCCAUACUCCUUUGACGAUGCCGAAAGGGGUAAGCUGAUCUCCGAGCAAUGGCACUCUGAUGAUCCCAGAUCAUCAUCGACGCUGUCGUUGGUGCCCUCAGAGUCGGGAGAGGACGGCGGCCGUCGAACUUUGUUGCUCAUCUACAUCCAUGGCUUCAUGGGCAACGAGACCAGUUUCCAGAGCUUCCCAGCACAUGUUCACAAUCUUCUCACCAUUGCCCUCGCAGAGACGCAUGCUGUGCACACCAAGAUAUACCCUCGAUAUCAGUCGAGGAAGGCUAUAAACUUCGCGAGAGAUGAUUUCAGUACUUGGUUAGAGCCACAUGAGAAUCGCCAUACAGAUGUAAUUCUGCUAGGCCACAGCAUGGGAGGGAUAUUAUCUGCAGAGGUUGCCUUGAAACCAUCCGAUUCUCCAGCUAAUGGGAAGCCGUUUCAACACCGGAUAUUGGGGACAAUCAAUUUUGAUACUCCAUUUCUGGGAAUGCAUCCUGGGGUCGUAGUAAGUGGAAUAGGUAGUUUGUUUCGCCCUGCGCCGGAACCCCCAAAAUCAAAUCAGUGGCAGUCCUCGACGAGUGGAACAGAUACUCCAUAUGGGUCUGAUGAAGCAUCUACCUCAUCCCAAAGUCAUACACCUUCGAUGGCUAACUCGGAAAACUCCUCACAACUGAGCCUUGUUCAAAGCCUCGCAUCAUCAUUUACACUUCCUUCGCCGAAGGAUCCAUUUUUCAAUCCCGCAUUUCCAAAUGAUGUUCGACGACCGGAAAGAACGGGAUUGUCCAGCGUCUUGCAUUUUAUCAACAAGCACUCGGAUGGCCUAGCCUCUGCAACAAAGCAGUACUUUAUGUCACAUUUAGAAUUUGGGGGAUGUCUAGCAGAUUAUCCCGGUCUAAAGAACCGUUAUGAGAGGCUACGGGCCUUGGAGGAUGUUGUCGGGCUAGCAGGUCGAGAUCGUCCUGGCUAUGGAUCUUCUACCAGGUGCAUUAGAUUCGUCAAUUACUACACUGCAAGUACCGGGAGAGUGAAGGCACCGAAAACGCCGUCUGGGCAGACUAUGGACCAAGGUGAACAUCUCGAGCCUAUGGAAGCUCAGAUGAAGGAUAUGAGUUUAGAAGAUUCAGAGAGUCACUCCUCCACACUGAGUCCCAGCCUCUCCAGCGGAGAGCAGACAAAUGGCGUUACUACUCCCCAGCAAGUUGGAAAGGAACCGGAUGCAUCAGCGAUUAAGGCUCAAAUGCAAGACCUGGGCGAGAACUCGGGAAUACAGGACGACGUCCAGGAGCCUCCGGAAAUGCGCCACAUUGACUCAGUGCCUAUUGAUGAUGAUGAAGAGCCCCCAGUACCGGUGGCAAUCAUUGAAAGCACAGAAACAGAAUUAGAAGCUACCCCUCCCCAGUCUCAGCCAUCAUCUAUCCAACCACCAUUGCCUCCUCUUCCCGAAGUUCCUACCGAACCAGAACUAAUCGAUCUAAGCCUUUACACAGACAAAGAUUCGCGCAAAAUAGCGGAAAAGGAGCAAAAGCGGGUGAUGAAAGUCUAUCAGCAAGCCGUCAAGGACCGCGAAAACGCUAUCAAAGACCGCCGCAAGCUGCUCGAGAAACGGGAGAAGAAAGCGCGCCAGGAGCGCGAGAAGGCAGUAAAAGCCGAAGAGAAGCAACGCUUGAAGCAAGAGAAAGAGGAAGAAAAGCAUGAGCCCGCCCCGCCCCAACACCUCGAACGCGAGCGCCAGGAAUCCACAGCUUCGUCUUCAACGCAGGAAAAGCCGAAGAGAGAUAAGAAGUUCUGCAUGCUGCCACCGGGAUCCGGAGGCAAGAGGGACAGGUGCUGGGUUAGGGUGUAUAUGGAGGGAGUGGACGAGGUCGGGGCGCACUGCGGACUCUUCUUCCCGGGCCCGCAGUACGAGAGUCUGGUCGGGGAUGUAGGGGCCAGGGUUGAAGACUGGGUGCGUAAAGAUGCGGAGAGGAGAAGGGCGCUCGAGAUGAGGGCGUGAGAGUGAUAAUUCCUUCGAGACCGGACGCUCGGUGGCUGUUAUGCAAGCAUAUUCAUGAGUGUACAGUACAUUGGAGAUACCCCAGAGAAACACGAACCUGGUUAGAUAGAUCUAGAAACUUAGAUUGCUCACUGC